GCUUUUGACGGCGGCGGCGUUGGAGCUGUUAAAAAAGCAAUGCUGUAUGGUGCUCCCUCUCCAUUACCGAAAUUUCCUCUCUUUCUCUACGAAUUUCGCAGCGGCACAUCUUCACGAUAAGAUCUCUGCCGUGACUCGGAUACUAGCGAGGGGGAAGUCAGCUGAGUGAUCGAGAAAUUCGAAGUGACACCUGUAUCGACGGAACUCUUCGAAGUCAUCCGCGGAGGGGGGAACGUCCUCAGUGUCAACUUUAUCCAGCUGCCUCGUUGACUUGUGCGAAGUUCGAGAGGAGACCAUAGAGACUAGCUACAUGCGGUUUCCAAUCGUUGUGACGUGUCAACAGCAUGACGCCGAGACUCGGUCGCUUCGUCAAAGUUUCGCUAUUGAUAAUCGCCUGUCUAUUCUUCGUCGUUGUUUUCUUCUUCCCCAACCCCGAGCCGCCUAAGUUCGUGCGGCCUGACUUCGCCCAGUCGCUCCAAAAUGAUGUCGCCGCAGUCGAUGCUCCCGAGAUUCCGGAGCCGGUGAAGUUCAAGGGAAACCCGAACGAGCUGCCUGUUUUCCGCGACGAUGUUCUGGGCAACUUCGAGAUGUCCAUGCCCAAGAAAGUGGGUCCUGGAGAAGGUGGCGCCGCGUAUGUCAUCAGUGGGAGAUCGGUCGAGCAGCAGAAGCUCAAGAAUCAAUAUGGCAUGAACAUGGUUGUGUCGAAUGAAAUUUCCCCGAAUCGAACCAUUCCGGACUUGCGACUCGACGAGUGCAAGUACUGGCAUUACCCCGAAGACCUGCCGGGAACAUCAGUGAUCGUCGUGUUCCACAAUGAGGGUCUCUCCGUGCUCAUGCGGACCGUGCACUCUGUGAUCAAUCGAAGCCCGCGACAAUUCCUGCACGAAGUCGUUCUCGUGGACGACUUCAGCGAUAAGCUCAACCUCAGAGAAGAGUUAGAAAAUUAUAUCGCUCGAAAUUUCCCUAAAGGACUCGUUCGACUCGUCCGGAACAAAUCACGUCAAGGUCUGAUACGUUCGAGAUCCUACGGAGCCGAAGUGGCGACGGGGGAGGUUAUUCUAUUCCUGGACGCGCAUUGUGAGGUUGGAGCCAACUGGCUCCCGCCUCUUCUCGCUCCGAUCAAAGCGAACCCGAAAACGAUGACUGUACCCGUAAUCGACGGAAUCGACCACGAAAAUUUCGAGUAUCGUCCCGUCUACCACGGAAAACAGCAUUUCCGAGGCAUCUUCGAAUGGGGCAUGCUGUACAAGGAAAUUGAGAUACCCGAAGAGGAAGUUAAGCGCAGGACGAAGCAUUCGGAGCCGUACAAGUCACCGACCCAUGCCGGUGGCUUAUUCGCCAUGAACCGCGAGUAUUUCCUGGAGCUCGGGGGCUAUGACCCGGGGCUGCUCGUGUGGGGAGGCGAAAACUUUGAGCUGUCGUUCAAGCUCUGGCAGUGUGGAGGUCAGAUUCUCUGGGUGCCCUGUUCGCGUGUCGGUCACGUUUACCGUGGCUUCAUGCCGUACUCGUUUGGUGAUCUGGGCAAGAAACGCAAAGGUCCCCUGAUCGUCAUAAACUACAAGCGCGUCGUCGAGGUCUGGUUCGACGAGUACAAGGAGUACUUCUAUACCAGAGAGCCGAUGGCACGCGACUACGACGCGGGUAACCUCACGCAGCAGCUAGAACUCCGUAAACGCCUUCAGUGCCGGCCGUUCUCGUGGUUCAUGAAGGAGAUCGCCUACGACGUCCUCAAACAUUUCCCCUAUCUUCCACGCAACAAUCGUUGGGGCCACAUAAAACCUGUAUCUGAAGACGGUUGUCUCGACUCGAUGCGAGCGCAUCCACCGACGAAUGUAGGUGUCUCCGGCUGUCACGGUGGGGGCGGCAAUCAGCUGUUCCGGCUGAACGAAGAGGGCCAACUAGGAGUCGGCGAGCGGUGCGUCGAUGCCAACAAAGAGAACAUGUUUCUCACUUACUGCAAAUUAGGAACUGUAAACGGUCCUUGGACCUACGAUCCGAACACCAAGCAGAUGAAGCACACCCGAGACGGCGUCAUCCGGUGCCUUCAGAUCGAUCGAGAUCGACUGUUCCUGGCGAAGUGUUCAGCAAUCGACGAUCAGAAGUAUGAUUGGGAGGAAAUCCAUUGA